AUGUUAGUGGUGCUUUUAGGCCUGGUGUUUCUAACAGCAUUAGUUGGUGUAAGUGGUGCUGGGAAGACUACUUUGAUGGAUGUUCUAGCAGGCAGAAAAACUGGGGGAUAUAUUGAAGGAAGUAUCAGUAUUUCUGGUUACCCCAAGAACCAAGAAACUUUUGCUCGGGUUAGCGGUUACUGUGAACAGAAUGAUAUUCAUUCUCCAAAUGUUACAGUAUUGAGUCUCUACUGUACUCUGCUUGGCUGCGCCUACCAAAGGAUGUCAAUGCAGAAACGCGAAAGAGAUUGUCAGUGCCCUGAAAGGAAAGGAACAGCAGAUUUCUUGCAAGAGGUUACUUCCAAAAAGGACCAACAGCAGUAUUGGUGCAAAAAGGAUGAGCCUUACAGAUAUGUUUCCGUACCUGAAUUUGUGGAUCACUUCAAAUCUUUCCAUGUUGGUCAAAAACUUGCUGAGGAACUUAGAGUUCCCUAUGAUAAAUCUAAAGCUCACCCUGCAGCUUUGGUUAAAGAAAAAUAUGGAAUCUCAAACUGGGAACUCUUCAAGGCAUGCUUUGCAAGAGAGUGGCUUCUGAUGCAGCGCAAUUCUUUUGUGUAUAUAUUCAAGACAACUCAGAUCUUCAUCAUGUCAAUUAUAGCCUUCACCGUCUUUAUAAGAACACAGAUGAAGUAUGGUACCAUACAAGAUGGAGGAAAGUUCUAUGGUGCAUUGUUCUUCAGUCUCAUUAAUGUUAUGUUUAAUGGGAUGGCAGAGCUUGCAUUGACUAUAUUUAGACUUCCUGUGUUUUUCAAACAAAGGGAUUUCUUGUUUUAUCCAGCUUGGGCUUUUGCCUUACCAAUUUGGGUCCUUAGGAUUCCCCUCUCCUUGAUGGAGUCAGGGAUAUGGAUCAUCCUCACAUAUUAUACCAUUGGGUUCGCUCCUUCCGCAAGCAGAUUUUUCCGUCAACUAUUGGCAUUCUUUAGUGUGCAUCAGAUGGCUCUAUCUCUCUUCAGAUUCAUUGCAGCACUCGGAAGAACACAAGUUGUCGCCAACACGCUUGGCACCUUCACUCUGCUGUAUAGUAGGGAUGAUUUCAACAAUUUCAAUCCUUCUGCAGAUGACAUCAAACCAUGGAUGAUAUGGGGUUACUAUAUUUCUCCUAUGUCGUAUGGUCAGAAUGCCAUUGUCCUCAAUGAAUUUCUUGAUGAUAGAUGGAGUGCACCCAAUCAUGCACGUUCUCUGAUUGAUGAACCCACCGUUGGAAAGGCUCUUCUCAAAUCCAGAGGCAUGUAUACUGAAGACCACUGGUAUUGGAUUUGUAUUGCGAUACUCCUCGGAUUUUCUCUGCUUUUCAAUCUCUUCUUUAUAGCAGCAUUAACUUACCUGAACCCUUUGGGAGAAACUAAAUCUGUUACCGUGGAAGAUGGCGAGGGUAACAAGAGCAGGAAGCAGUCGUCUCCUUAUGGACAGAGAAAAGUGGGAGCAACAGAAAUGAGUGCAGCAUCUACAGCCCCAUCGUUUGAAGGUAUUGAUAUGGCAGUAAGGAAUCAUCCAGAAAACUCCAAUUCUGGUGCCACAGAAAAUGCAGUUACGAGGAAAGGAAUGGUGUUGCCCUUCCAACCGCUGUCACUUGCAUUUGAUCAUGUCAGUUACUUUGUUGAUAUGCCAGCUGAAAUGAAGAGCCAAGGAAUUGAAGAGGAUCGCCUCCAACUGUUACGAUAUGUUAGUGGUGCUUUUAGGCCUGGUGUUCUAACAGCAUUAGUUGGUGUAAGUGGUGCUGGGAAGACUACUUUGAUGGAUGUUCUAGCAGGCAGAAAAACUGGGGGAUAUAUUGAAGGAAGUAUCAGUAUUUCUGGUUACCCCAAGAACCAAGAAACUUUUGCUCGGGUUAGCGGUUACUGUGAACAGAAUGAUAUUCAUUCUCCAAAUGUUACAGUAUAUGAGUCUCUACUGUACUCUGCUUGGCUGCGCCUACCAAAGGAUGUCAAUGCAGAAACGCGAAAGAUGUUUGUUGAGGAAGUCAUGGAUUUGGUUGAGCUGAAUCCGCUGAGGAACUCUCUAGUUGGCCUUCCAGGAGUUGAUGGUCUGUCAACCGAGCAGCGAAAGCGACUCACAAUAGCUGUAGAGUUGGUUGCCAAUCCAUCCAUCAUUUUCAUGGAUGAACCAACAUCAGGUCUCGAUGCUCGAGCUGCUGCAAUUGUGAUGCGAACAGUUAGAAAUACUGUGGAUACAGGACGGACUGUCGUCUGCACAAUUCACCAACCGAGCAUAGACAUUUUUGAAGCUUUUGAUGAGCUAUUCUUGAUGAAAAGAGGAGGACAAGUCAUUUAUGCCGGACCUCUUGGGAUCCAAUCCCACAAGCUUGUAGAAUAUUUUGAAGCUGUCCCAGGUGUACCAAAGAUCACAGAUGGUUACAAUCCUGCUACAUGGGUGCUGGAAGUCAGUUCUAAUUCAGUGGAAGCUCAACUUGAUGUCGAUUUUGCUGACAUUUAUGCCAACUCUGAUCUGUAUCGGAGGAAUCAAAGACUCAUCAAAGAACUGAGCACGGCAGCACCAGGAUCAAAGGACCUUUAUUUCCCCACCAAAUAUUCACAAGACUUCAUUACUCAAUGCAAGGCUUGCUUCUGGAAACAGCACUGGUCCUACUGGAGGAACCCGCCUUACAAUGCCAUUCGGUUCUUUAUGACAAUAUUUGUUGGACUUAUAUUUGGAAUGAUUUUCUGGGAUAAAGGAGAUAAGAUACACAAGGAACAAGACCUGAUAAAUCUGCUGGGAGCAAUGUAUUCUGCUGUCCUUUUCCUUGGAGCUACCAACACUUCUUCGGUGCAGUCUGUUGUGGCGAUUGAACGAACAGUCUUCUACCGUGAAAGAGCAGCCGGGAUGUAUUCACCUUUGCCUUACGCAUUUGCUCAGGUUGCCAUAGAGACAAUAUAUGUUGCAAUCCAAACAUUUGUAUACACUCUAUUGCUUUACUCGAUGAUCGGGUUCCAUUGGCAGCUUGACAAGUUCUUGUGGUUCUACUUCUUCAUCUUGAUGUGUUUCAUGUACUUCACCCUCUACGGAAUGAUGCUUGUAGCUCUCACUCCAAACCAUCAAAUUGCUGCUAUUGUUAUGUCUUUCUUCCUAAGCUUCUGGAACCUGUUCUCCGGAUUCCUCAUUCCAAGGACACAAAUUCCGAUAUGGUGGAGGUGGUACUACUGGGCAUCUCCGGUGGCCUGGACAAUCUAUGGCCUUGUGACAUCUCAGGUCGGUGACAAGCUUUCUGAGGUUGAUGUAGCAGAAGAAGGUUGGAUGACAGUGAAGGAGUACAUUAAGAAGCAUUAUGGAUUUGAGCAUGACUUCCUUGGAGCUGUUGCUGCAGCUCAUAUUGGUUUUGUUCUCAUGUUCUUCUUUGUCUUUGCUUAUGGAAUCAAGUUCCUCAACUUCCAAAGAAGAUAG